GGGAAACAAAGAACCCGCCCGCCGCUACUUAACUCCUUCCCUUCCCAUCAAAUUUCUUACACUCCGUCCCCCAUCCAAAUUGAUUCAAAGUUUCCAUCUUUUUCUCAUCUUUCACUUUUUUAUGAUCUGGGUUUUCAUCGAAAUUUUGUAUUUAUCGUGUUUUUACCACUCUCCACAAUCUAAAACUUUAAAAAAAGGGAUUUUUUUUUUUUUUUCUGGGGGGUAACUGACACAGGUGAAGAAAGAUCAAAGGAGGAGGGAAAAUGAAUAGGGUUAAAUUGGUGGUGUUUCCUAUUAAAGGGAGGAAUUGGGUAUUUAGCAGUAGCAGAUCCAUUGACACUUCUCAGUCAUCAUCAUCUCAAAUUCCCUCCACAUUGAAGGAUUUAUGGAAGAAGAUGACUGUUUCUAAACAUGAUUCUGUGAACCAUUCUUCUCCUCACUCUUCCAAUGUGGAACUUCUCGUUGAUUUCACUGCCCAUAAGAUGAAUGGAGCAUGGAAUAAGCUGGGAAAUGCUCCGGAGGGGUCUUUUAAGAGCAAGAUUCACGGGUUGGGAUUGAAGCUUUUAUCUAGGGUGAAGCCGAGUGAGAUUUUCUUGAAAUCCAUCCCUAAGGAUGCUACUCUUGCGGAAAUCACCUAUCCCUCCGGCUUAAAUCCACGUCUUGUCCGCAGAAGGAUACGACAUGUUGCCUCCAGGGGCGCAAUUCUGCACAAGAAGUACUUUUAUGCAUCAGUUACACUGCUUCCGCUUACAUCUCUCUUAGCAGUACUACCCAUGCCUAACAUUCCAUUCUUUUGGAUCUUGUACCGAUCAUAUUCCAAUUGGAGAGCUCUUAGGGGUAGUGAGAAACUUCUUCAACUGGUGUCAGAUAGUUCUGUUCAUCAAGAAUCAUCAUCAUCAUCUCCCAGCAAGGGUAAUGGUUCGCAACAAAACUCAGGAAAACAAGAUUCAAAAUCUCUUGGUUCUUCACUAUUGGUAGGUGUUUCCAUCAUCUGAUCUUCUGAGGUUAUUUAUUCACGAAGGAAAAAAUAAUGCUAAUAGGGUUUAUGGCUCAUCAUUAUGAUGAUCCAUAACAUGGCCUCUGAAUCUCUUACAGAAGGAUAAUGAUAAUGGGGAUAUUUGGAUUAUGUAUGCUGUUAUCCUUGUCCUUGUUCUCUUGUUGUCAUCUGGUUAGUAUUCACAUGAAAGUCCGUUUUGUGGUAUCAAUGACUUGAUUCAGGUGUUGCAACCGUCUGAAGAACUGCAGAAGCUACUAAAAGACAACCUUGCUGAAGAUGAUCUCGAUGAGUCUUCGGUUUCGGACAUAUGUCAGAAAUUCAAGUUAAACAGUAGGGAUAUUUUGAAGUUCAAAGACUCUUUGUAAUUAAAGCAAUAUUCUCUGUUUUUCCUUGCUUUUGAUAGGUGUAGGAUAGUUUCUAGCCCAUAAGAGAGAAAAGAUCCAUUCCUCCCCAUCCCCACCAGAAAAUUUUGCAGUGCUCAUUUAAUCAAUGUAGAAUUUGAUUUAACAGUAAUUAGUGUGAAGAAUUUGGGAAAUAGUACUUAAAUCCUCCAUUAUCUUCAUUUUCUACUCCCAUUAUCUUUUCACCUUUUCACACAAAAAAAAAACAUAAAUAAAUAAAAUUACUCUCCUCUUUUUAUUGUUGUAGAAAUGAAGUCCAUUCAAGA